GCCAUUUUGUGCAUCGACUUACGUCAGCCGCAGCUUCAAAGACGUUUGUGUGUUCUGAAAUUCCCCAAAAUGGAUAUGAGUGCGUAUUUAACUGCCCCCCUGCAGCUGGACAAAAUUUGCAGGGCUUGUUUAUCGGAAAGGGGGGACAUGAGGCCCCUUUUCGGGGCCUGUUUGGACGAAAUGCUGCAUUCUUUCACCUCUCUAAAGGUUUCCGAAGGCGAUGGAUACCCGCAACUUAUGUGCGUGCAAUGCGUUUUGCAGUGCAGCAGGGCGUACACUUUCAAGCAGCAGUGCGAAAAAUCGGACAACAUUCUGCGAAAUUAUUUGUCCGCAGAAUUUCAAAAUAAACUGGCGCAAACCAUAGUGGAUCAGCAGCUGAAAAACGAAUUCGGAGAUCAGCUGGAAUUUCAGGGCACCAUCGCCAACGUAACGGUAAUAGACGAAGACAGCAUCAACGGAUUCGUAACGUACACCACCGAAGAGGACGACGAACUAACGUACGCCAUAAAAAACGAGCAAAACGGCCAGCCAGAGAAAGAAGACGACGACGAGGACGCGGAGAAAAUCGAGGAGAUCCAAGCGGAAGAAAUCGAAGCAAAGCUGAAGUACCCGUGCACCAAAUGCGAGGAGUCUUUCAGCCUAAAGGUGGAUCUGAAGGUGCACAUGCUGCAGCACCCGGCCGAGCUGACCCACGUGUGCGACAUCUGCGACAAGGCCUUUGCGGAAGCGAGGAUUCUGCGGAGGCACGCCAAGAUCCACAUGGAGCGCAAGCCGCACCAGUGCGACCAGUGCGACAUGUCCUUCGCGGAAAGCUCCAACCUCAGCAAGCACAAGAAGAAGCACACGGGUGAGUUAAGGAACAUCCUCGGCAAGCCGCAUCUGUGCUCCUUCUGCGGCAGGGCCUUCAAGUGGGCCUCCAGCCUGUCCAAGCACAUGAAGUACCACACCGGGCACAAGCUGUUCAGCUGCGAGUAUUGCGAGAAACAAUACGUCGAGGCAAGAAGUCUACGCAUCCACGUGAGGUCGCACACGGGAGAGAGGCCGUACAGCUGCGAGGUGUGUCAAAAAAGUUUCACUCAGCUGUGCAACCUGGAAAAACAUUUGCGAGUUCAUACUGGGGAGAAGCCGUUCAAAUGCACCGUGUGCGGAAAAGGUUUUACUCAGUCUGGGUAUGUGGGGAUUCACAUGCGCAUCCAUACGGGCGCAAAACCUUACGUGUGCCAAAGUUGCGGAAAAAAAUUCGCCGGUUCUAAUACUUUGGCGAUACACCAGAGGACGCACACUGGGGAGAAGCCCUACACUUGCAAGCUGUGCGAGAAGUCUUUCAGUCGCCAGGAGACGCUGGUGAUUCACACGAGGAUGCACACCGGCGACAAGCCGCACGUGUGCAGCGUGUGCAAGAAGGGUUUCACUUCCGCCGGCCACCUGUCGGGCCACAUGCGAACCCACACGGGCGUCAAGCCUCACGGGUGCGGGGUCUGCGGCAAAAAGUUUGCCGGGUCCAGCAGCCUGAAGGUGCACCUGAGAAGUCACAUAGUGGAAAAGCCGUUCGGUUGCAAGUUCUGCGAGCACAGUUUCAACCAGCUCGAGCAGCUCGAGGAGCACAUGGCAACGGUGCACCAAGAAAUCGAGAUGGUGGACGCGGCGGAUUUGAAAGUCGAGACCGUUCAGGUGACGGAACUGAUAACUGCUGAUCAUCAUACCAUACAAACCAUUGGAUCAGAUUUAAUGGAUUAA